CGAGAUGUGUUUAUUAAUUGUCGGACAUUGUCGUCAGUUCAAGUCAUUAAAACUGGUCGAGUUAACAUUAAUUCGAAAUGUACGUUUUCAAAUUGUUGUCUUCUGAAAGAGUUUGAAAUGCCAAAUUUCGUGACUUCAAUUGGGGAUAAAGCAUUUGAACAAUGUUCUUCAUUAUCAAAAAUAAUACUAGGAAAUCGUGUUGAAUGUCUCAAAGAUUUGUGUUUUGCAAAUUGUAUUAAUUUGGAGGAAAUUUCUUUGCCAAAAACAGUGACUUAUAUUGGAAAUUAUACAUUUUUGAAUUGCGUCAACUUACAACGGAUUUAUCUACCUAAAAGUGUUUCAAAAUUAUCACCAAUAGCUUUUUUGAAUUGCGAAAAGUUACACGAAAUUUAUAUAGAAGGAGAACAAGUGUAUGAAAUUGACUUUCCAAUCUCAUUUGGUGUAUUUCAGAAGUUUUUGAAGAAUGGGGUUCAAUGCAAAAAUAUAUAUUUCGUGGGAUGUGAUUUUGAAAAAUACUCGAGAAUUGUCAUAGAAAAUAACCAGAAAAUAUGCGAAAUACCGAAGGGUGUAAAUUAUUUAUCAAAACAAUGUUUACACAACUAUUACGGGUAUGAUAUCAUCCAUUUUCCUCAAAGUUUAAAAAAAGUUGAAAAUUUAUCAAGCGAGUUUGGAGUCAUGGUUUAUCCAUAA